GGGAAGGGUGUAGAUGGGACUGUCUCAGCUCUGAGCCAUGGAAUGRCCCCUCCGUCCGCCACUAGCCUGCUCUUCUCCACAGACUGACUUCCAGACYCUCAGUUAGCGACACGUUGCUCCCCUCCAACUGAACACAACCAGGAAGGGGAAGAAGUCACAGCAGAGCUUCGUACGCACAGAGGAAAGGAUUUACAGCUCCUCUCCAACAUAUUAACAGCUAGCUCACCUUAGUUAGUUAGGGUUAGUUAGUUGGGGUUAGUUUUCCCUUGUUUUCUCUGUGGAUUUGGGAUUUUUUUUUUAAUAGAGAGUCAAGAUGGUGGAUUUACAGGASUACCUGUGGAUGGUGAUCCUGGGCUUCGUCAUAGCCUUCAUCCUGGCCUUCUCUGUGGGGGCCAACGACGUGGCCAACUCGUUCGGGACGGCGGUGGGGUCGGGGGUGGUGACUCUGAYACAGGCCUGUAUCCUGGCGUCCAUCUUUGAGACGUUGGGUUCCAUGCUGCURGGAGCCAAGGUGGGGGAGACCAUACGGAAYGGCAUCAUAGACGURAACCUAUACAACGAGACGGUGCCUGUUCUCAUGGCAGGGGAGGUCAGCGCCAUGGUCGGGUCAGCGAUUUGGCAGCUCAUCGCCUCGUUCCUCAAACUACCCAUCUCCGGGACGCAUUGCAUCGUGGGAUCGACCAUCGGGUUCUCCAUGGUGGCCAUCGGCACCAAGGGUGUCCAGUGGAUGCAGCUGGUCAAGAUUGUUGCGUCCUGGUUCAUCUCUCCCUUGCUGUCUGGACUGAUGUCGGGAUUCCUCUUCUUCCUCAUCAGACACUUCAUCCUCAGUAAGGAUGACCCUGUCCCCAACGGCCUCCGUGCCCUGCCAGUGUUUUACGCCUCAACGAUAGGCAUCAACGCCUUCUCCAUCCUCUACACUGGUGCUCCAUUGCUAGGUCUUGAGAUGCUACCGGUGUGGGCUAUAGCUCUGAUCACGUUGGCAGGGGCUCUGGUCUGUGCUGCCGUGGUGUGGUUUGCUGUGUGCCCCUGGAUGAGACGGAAGAUAGCAAGUCGUAUGAAGAAGGAGCACGCUGCCCUGUCACGCAUCUCAGACGAGUCCUUAGAUCAGAUCCCAGAGGAGGAGGAGGACACUCCCGUGUUCAAGGAGCUYCCMGGCGCCAAGGGGACYGAUGACGCUGUGCUGCCGUUAACCGGRGGUACCGGAGGAGAGUCACGGAGAGGAGAGGCCACCGGGGAGCUCAACAGCCUGGCCAAUGGAGGCACUGUCCUGCCCAACGGACGGGUCUACGGACGGACCCACUCCAUGACCAACGGUACCCUGUCCAUGUCCAAGUCCCCGCUGUCCAACGGCAGCUUCACCUUCGGAGGGGAACACGURCGRAGCGACGGRCAAGUGUACCACACGGUCCACAAGGACUCUGGUCUCUACAAAGACCUGCUCCACAAGAUCCACCUGGGACGGCUGGAGGACGACCACUCCGCCCCCACGCCAGACAACAACUACCGCCUGCUGCGUCGCAACAACAGUUACACCUGCUACACGGCCGCCAUCUGUGGCAUGCCGGUCCAGCCGCUGCUCCGCUCCGAUUCCCGCGAGGCCCGAGAAGAACGUGAGAAGCUGGUGGGGGAGGGGGAGAGGUCGGGGAGCGUGUCCUACACCAAGAAGAGGGUCCGCUACGAUAGUUAUUCAUCGUACUACGCUGUGGCGGAGGCCGAGAUCGAGGCGGAAGAGGGCGGCGUGGAGAUGAAGCUGGCGUCUGACCUCGGGGCGAGGGAGCAGGGCGCCCGGGCUCCCGUCCCACUGGAUGACUCCGCAGAAGAGGACGAAGGGGAUAAGGACAAACCGUCCGUCUACCUGCUCUUCCACUUCCUGCAGAUCCUCACCGCAUGCUUUGGAUCCUUCGCUCACGGAGGCAACGACGUCAGGACGCUGCCAACACCCCAUCUGGCUACUGUUCUACGGGGGCGUAGGAAUUCUGCUGCGGCCUGUGGGUCUGGGGGCGGCCGGGUGAUCCAGACUCAGGGCAAGGACCUCACCCCAUCACCUAUCAACUCAGGUGGAGAGGAGAGAGGAGUGGGGGAGCGGGGGUGGGGGAUUGUGAAGGGGGGUGUGGUGGGAGUCGAUGAUCAGAGCAUGGUGGGGAAGUGGAUAGGCAAUCAGAGUGCCACCCUUUCCAGGUGA